AAAUGGCAGCGUUAACUUCAAACCACUUGCAACUGUGACCGAUCAUGGAAGAGAAGAAGAAGGAGUACUCAGCCUUAACCAUAGAUCGGGCAGCUUUCCUACUCUUGAGGGUCAAGAAGGCCUUCAAGAAGAAGAAAUUGCAGAGGAAGGAGAGGGAAAGAAAUGCUCAGUUAGCAGCGAGCAGAAUCGACCAGAGAGCCUCCUGCGCUGGACUUGAAGGAGCAGCCAGGGCAGUGAGAAAACCUCCACCUCUCCUGAGAUCCAGAACCCUACCAGCCAUCAUCGUACCAGGAGUGAACAUCCUGCAAACCCAGCUUGGUACGAAUCAAGAAACUUGUCAAACACAGGAGAUCCGCCCUAACAGGCUAUCUGCACUGUCCAGAUUCCACCCUACUAGGAUUUCCUUUAGUAAGGAUGACACGGUGGCUUUGGAUGUUAGAAGGAAGAGUGCUGUCAGCAAGUUGUGUGGAAACGGCAACUACGGUCCAGAAAGAGGGGCAGAUGGUGGUCUUAUUUUAAGAGUUCCUGCCCCUCACGUGGUUGCUGCAAGGGCCUAUAGAAUAACCAGUCCCAGCAGCUGCAAUACUACCCUCUUCAAACUAGGAAGGUUCCUCAACAACCAGAAUGGCGGCGAGAAGAACCAGAUCAGGGUGGACGAGGCUAACGUCACCAGAAGGCUCAGCUGGGAAAGGAGGGACACCCUGAACACCCGUCUACCCAGGUCCUCCAGCAUCGACUCGAUGGUGGAGGCGGUCUGGGCCGAAACAGUGACGGCGGUGUCUCCGCCAGAGCUGCUCCCAACGACGCCCCAGGUCCAGGAGAAGCGGCUGUCGCUGAGACCGGACAGGCCUUUGGCGUUGGUGUCGCCCUCUGUCGGGCGGAGGAUGAAGGGACAGAGGGGAAUCAACGAACUGCCGUCCUUGGGCGGAGACUCGGACAUGGAAAACGGACUUGCGCAAUCGCUGAAGCGUGCGGAAAACAAUUUCCUGCAUUUCGGCGAUGGCGCAAGGCCCGCUGCCGGAAGGAAAACCUCGAAAAAAGAGGCCAAGCUGUUGCAACAGCGACUGGAGAAGGUCAAUAUACACUUGCAGGCCUUGUUCGCCGCCGUAGAACAUGGCCACCUAGAAAAAGCCAGGACUAUAUUGGACUCCACGGACGUGGACGUCAAUAGCGUAAACUGUGAUGGUCUCACGCCUCUAGACGUUGCGGUUUUGAGCAACAAUCGUCCGCUGGUGAAAAUGCUAGUUUGUGCUGGAGCCAAAGAAGGAAACAGAUUUUCGAGUCCGGACAAGCUUGGGUCCCACCUGAAACAGCUUCUCGGCGAGGCCGAGCUGAGGCUGCAGGAGCUGGGAGGUCUUCUGGACGAGCCCUGCGCCCAACUCAACACGCGCGCCUCUUUCUCUAGCAUCAUCGGCAGCGCCUACCAAACGUCCGCCAUGGCCGGUUGCGCCGGAGGAGAUACGGAGAAACAGGCCAUCGCCUGGGGAAGGAAAGCGAAGCAGCUAAAACGUCUAGUGCUAGGUUUUAACCAGGCCAGACCCCCGGACGCGCCGUCCCUGGUCGCCGUCGACAUCACGUCCAGCACUUCGGUGGCCGUCCGGCUCUACGAACCCAAGUCCACAGAUUCCCCCAUAACGACCAAGUAUAAAGUACAAUGGUCUACACGGCCGGACUUCUCGAUAAUAACCGGAGAGACUGAGAUUUUGGACCUGUCCAAGCCGAAUUGCAGCAUAGACUUAACGCAGGGUAGGAAGUACUUCUUCAGGGCCUCUUGCGGCAACUUGAAGGGCUUCGGGGCCUUUAUUACAUCCAUACCCAACUCAGUCAUCCCUUCCUGUUGGAGGGAAGUCAACAUGAAGAAGUCCAGGUUCGAAGGCAGACUAGAGCAGUUAGAGUGUCUCUUGGAGGAGGUGAGGAGGGUAAGGCCUGGGACAGAGAUGCUGGAGACGCCGAACCCCCAAAGACGUAUGCAAAGAAAAAAGACAACGAUAAAGCAACUGUUUACGGCCGCUAGCAAGUUUCAAAAAAAUUUGCGAAGGGGUAUAUACCUAGCCUGCAUAUUAUACCACGAAGACAAGGUAUUAGUGACCAAUGAAGAUUUUUUGCCUGUGAUAGAAAUAGAUGAAACGUUUCCUAAUUGUAUGAAUAUGGACAUGCACUGGCUUAUGAAAGUUUCCUAUAGUUGGGACGAUAUUAAGUCGCUGAAAGCAGACAUGGAGAAGCAUACAUCGUCUGCUGUGCACUUCAGAAUCAAACUUCUGACUGCCGCUCUUCAAAUGCAGUCAUCUCUCUGUCUUCAAGACUUAGGUCAAUUAUUCUACAAACCUUUGCGUGAUUGCCAGGACACAGUUGUCCUUAGUACAGUCAAUUAUAUAAAAAAUCCAAAGAGUGUUUCUGUUCUCAACUCCAGAUGGCUUCCAAUGAACAAGGUGUUCAAGAAACCAGUCAUAGGUGACGUUCAUAGCAUUUCGGAGAUACUGAUGGGAUCCAUACAGGAGCAGAUCAAUUACCACCAAGUCUCCAGUCUGAAACUGAACAGAGGCCUGUACCUUGCCUUCCUAAAGAUGCAGAGUUCCGUUGAUCUCAUCCAAGUCGUAGUUCCUAGCAAGUCCCCAAACAUGUUACCCCACUGUAGAGUAAGGGAAAACCCCCAUGUGUCUGCGGAGGAAUGGGAUUAUCUGAAGCGACAACAUCUACCCGAUAUAGUGGACAACAGCUCGGAGCAACAAAAGAACUUCUUGGACCUGAUCACGAGUGCCGCAAAGAGGCUAUUCAACUACAUGGACAUAUCUCCGGAUGAUUCUAUGACGCACAGACUUUACGAUCUUGAAGUUAUCGAUCUCACAGAAGAUGUCAGCUUUAUCUUAGUGUGUCCUUCGGCAGAAUUAUCUUGUUCCGUUCCUGGACAGAGAGAAAUACUAUUGCAAAGAGGUGAUCUGCUGAGUUUGCCGAUACAGGUGUUCGAGAUGAUUCACCUUAACACCUACCAACACCAGAUAGUCAAGAAAUACUCCAAGCUGAGUUGUUUCCUCGAACUAGACUCUGCUACUGCCAACCAUCUUCAUAGAGGAGCGUUUUCCAAGAGCGAAGUGGCCUUGGCGAAAGAAAAACUAGAGCAACUACAAGAUUUCCAGAAGAGACUUGGCAAUAUGUGGAAAGCUGUCAGAUGGCUCAUGGAUGUCAUUACAUUUGCGAGGGACAAAAACUCCAACGGCAUCUCAAUGAGGUAUAUUCUGGAGAAAGAAACCGAAGAAAACUCGAGUCCCAAGAGGAUGUUUCUACAGAUUCCCCAGCGCGAUAGCAAAGUAGUGAAGAGCAGCCCCGGUAGAGGUUCUUGGCCAGGACCUGGAGGUUCCCAAGUACCUCCCUCAACUCUGCUCAAUGAGUUCAGCAAAAGCGAACAGCAGCUGAGCAUGAACGAGACUUCCUCCCAAUAUAUGAGCGCUUGCAGCGACACCUCUAGGAAAAACAGCGAUAGCUACAACAGCGACUAUUUCAAUGACAAACUACCACCAUCAAGGAGCGAAGACACCCUAUAUAUCAUACCUAACGGAGCGACAAACCAAAGAAUAAGAGCCAACACUGUAUCAAGUCUUUCGGCUACAACCAGCCCUCUAUUGGGUGUUAGAGCUAAUUACGGAGGGAGUAUGGUCAGUGUCAAUACAAUGAACACAACAAACACAUCGGACAGCUUGCACAGUUUGAGUUCCGACAGUGAUCCAUCCAUGAACCCAAUGGGGAGUAGUACCCCACAGAAAAAGAUCAAAUCAAGCAUAGCACCUUCCAAGUCCAUGACCAAUGUGAAGCAACACACGGAAUCCAAUUGUACGAAAUCCAAUAAGUUACGUCCCAGAAAUUUGAAACUGGACACUCUAACGCCCUCGAAUCUGGAGACCAGCCUGUCCAGAAGUCUGAACAACAUAAAGACGGUAACGGAUAUAGACGUUACAGCCACUUCCUAUUUGAAGCCCCUAGAUUCUAUCAGAAAAUCAGACAUCGUGUCGGAAAAUUUGUUCAAGGUUCCUUUCUUAGAGGAGCAGAGCAGUAGCAAGGACUCUCAAGCCGGAAUUCUACAGGUCUACGCAGCCUACGAUACAGGCUUAGCCACCGGAACCAGCCUCAAGUUGCAUGUCACCCCCAAGACCACGGCCCGAGAAGUUGUGGACCUGGUGGUGCAACAACUCAACAUGGCUGUGAUGCUCAAGGGUAAAGAGGGCCCCAUCUAUUCAACUGACAAGCUCAAGAAUUUCUGUCUGGUGGCAGUUAUCGGGGCACGUGAGAGAUGUCUUAGGGACGAUUUCAGGCCCCUUCAACUGCAGAAUCCCUGGAGAAAGGGAAGGUUGUAUGUUAGGCAGAAGCAGGACGUCCUUGCAGCCUUAGAGCACAGUAGUAGGCUGGGUGCAGUCAUAUGAGAGGAGGAAAUGUUGAUAUAGUGAUAUAAGAUGGUUUAUUUCGAACUUCUUUUGUAUACAGGAGGGACAAAAGUUUUACGAAGAUUUUAAAAAUGAAUGUAAACCUUUAAGUUAUGAAACAUGAGAAAAUAUCCCUUAAUAAGGCUCUUUUAUACUGGUGUUGUAUGUGUUGUGCCCUCCUGUAUACAAAAAUGGCUCGAUUUGCCAAACCGAACAUAGUCCAGAAUUGGUGCUAGUUACAAAGAAGUCGUUAACAUAAAUGUCUUAUGAUUUUUCAAUGUCGUUUUUCGCCUACUAGCUAAAUAUAUUCAGUAGACUAAGCAUUGUCUUUGUCGGUGAUUUCGAUUGAGUGUUUCAAAGUAAAAAUGUCGAUGCCUUUCUUCUAAGAAAACAGUUGAAGGGCAAUAAAAGGAAUGAUUUGAAAAAAAAUUUAGAACUGUUAGAAACUGAAACAACAGACAAAGUUUCCUGUCAGUUUUGCAGAAAAUCUAAAGCAUAAGUUGAACAUUGAAAGCUUUAUUUCGGUGAAUUAUUUUUUCCUUAGGUGCUUUAGCUGUCCCGCAAUUAUAUUUUUAAAUACUCAAUUUUUAUAGAAUAUUUUUAUUCGUAUUGAAUGAAUUUAGAUAAUACUGUGAUUGGAAAAUCUGGACCACAAAAAGAAAUUAUAUUAUUAUAAAAAUUAAGCUCCUCCAAUACCUUCUGCUGUUAUCAAUAUUUAUCUAUAGAUAUUUGGAAGCUUCAAGUCUAUGCUUCUUCUAUAAGGGGCUUCCCCUAAAAAAUUUUAUGCAUUUCCAAAGACAUAUUCCCUUUGAAAGUUGUUCUACAGUUUCCAUGUAUUAUUAAGCACUGACAAUAUGUCAACUAUUGAAAGUCGUGUUUAAGUAACGAAACGACCUAGAAUUACACUAAUGAACUCAAUUAUUUGAGCUUAACACUUUGAAUCCAAGACUGAUUUGAACUAACAGACCUAGUUAUUUAUUUUCGUCAAUACAAUUUCAACAAAACAAAAAGGUCCAGUUUAUUGUUAAGUUGUUUACAAAUUUUAAGAAAUCUCUGAUUUAAUCGUGUUAAUCUGGAAAUCAAAGUUCUUUAAACACCAAAUAUAAAAUAUUUAAAUUUAUCAAAAUAAUUAAAUAUAUUCCAAUGUUAUAUAUUGAGAAUUUUAAUUUUAAAAGUAUAGUGAUUUAAAAAUUUUAAACUUAGCCCGAUCUCAUUUUAUUUUUGCAAUAAGAACUAGAAAUAUUUUCAGCUUCUUCCCUAGUGAAAACUUCAUAUCACUAAGUUGUGUUCAAAUACAUUUCUCCAUUUCAGAAUUUUAGUCGUUAUGUGGUUUGAUAUUUCAGAUAUAUUUUAAAUGUACAUAUUGAUUGAAAAUACGAACCAUUAUAACUGUAUUAUUAUGUAAUAUAGAGAGGUAUAUUUAUGUACAAUGCAAUAAAAACAGCUUCAAUUAUUUAUCAGUGCAAUUAAAAAUAUUGACAAUUGUUCAAUUUUUAUUGUAUUGUAUGUUUGUUGUAGAGCACAAUGAUGUAUUGAGAUGGUUGGAAUAAAGAUAUUGUGAAAAUAGAUUUAAUAAAUAAAUAUGUUAUCAAUU